CAAACCAUGCAUCGGACAAGAUAACUCAAUUAGCAAAGAAGGUCGGAGGUUUGCAUUUUUUUCUCACCAGCCUAGUGUGCGGUACCGUCUUCUGCGAGCAUUCCGAGCAGGUGCAACGCAACACCUGCGUUCAGUUUGAUUCCGAUGCAGGAGUGCUAGUGGUUCGGUACACUAUUCGCGCCAUCGUGGCUCUCUGGACGGAGCACCUGAACCUGAAGAUGUUACUGUCGCUGUCGGUGCUGCUGAUUUGCUUCCGUGUGUACGCAACGCAAGAUUGCUCUUCUCCAACGUUCAGCUUUUCGUCGUACUUAAAUCCCGACCUGUUGGAUCUGACUAUACCGCCAAACACCGUGAUUGCCAGCUUUCCCGUCGAACAUGUACAAUCGGCCACUGUCCCAAUGCAGGGCACCUACGUCGCAGCCAAGACCGAUGGGACGAGCCUACAGUUUCUGACAACGGAAGCUUUCGCACGGUACGAAGAGCACGAAAUACAGGAAGUCAUCAUCAUUGAAGUGUAUUACCAGUGCAGCACCGGAUCACGGACAGGCAUCUACAGACAAUUUUUGAAGCUGGCCAACAAUCAUGCACCUCGCUUUCUGCAGGAAACAUACGAAGCGCUAGUGCCUUUGCCGCUACCGAAACACUUUGACGUUUCACCGUUCAUUGCUGACGGAGCCGGCAUAAUGGCGCGAGACAUCGAUUUGAAAAACAAUACCGUCACGUUUAGCUUACCGGCGAACGAUUACGUGCUGAUUGAGAGUUAUGCUGUAAAAGACGAUCCAAAGCAGUUUAAGGCGGUGCUUCGGUUUAAGGAGCAAGUGCUAAAGCUGCCAAACAAGCUGGAACUUACUGUGACGGCAACCGAUGCGGGAGUGCCUCAAAAAUCGAGCCAAGUCAGUGUCGUGAUCGAACCGGACCUGUCCAUCGUGUAUGACGAUCCGCCGGAAUUUAAAGAAACCUUCAUCAACAGAACAAUCGAAAACGGUCUUCUUCUGCGGCUGGAACUGAUUCCCGGUACGGAAACGAGCGAUGUGCUGUACAGCGUUGAAGGGACGGAUGCUGAAUUCUUCACCCAAACCGUCUGGGAUAACAACACUGGAAUUGAUUUGAAAGUGGUCGAUCUGCAGGCCGUUCCUAAGUCGAAGGCCUUUCUCAAUGUGGUUGUUGUGGCCCGACGCACUCAGCUGCAAAAGACUUCUUGCGUAAUAUUGCUGGACAUCCCACCGGAAAGCAUUCCGGAACCACCCACCGCAACGGUGCAGAAAGUGUUGAGUGUUUUGCAUCUAGCAGAAAUGGCCACCCAUCAAGACAUAUUUCCACUUGUGAUUGACCGCUGCAUGUACAGCAUACAAUCGCAAACUCCUGGUGAAUAUUUCUUCAUACCCGACGCAACAACUUCCCUCGCCUCUCAUGAAUUUGAUCGUGAAGAUGGCGAAUUGUUCGCUGGUUUGGAUUUUCCCCAAUUUUGGAUUGUUUUGAAGCUGACAUGUCCCACCGCAUCGACGAUAGAAACGCAAUCGAACAACAACGCCACGGUUCGUUUGGGUCCGAUGAACGAUAUCGCAUUUGCAACCGAUCUUACACAUCUCCACAUCAUCGUCGAUGACAUCAAUGACAACAGUCCGGUAUUCACAUUCCCGGCAAAUAAUGCAAGGUACGCGUUUCCAUCGCCUCAACUAUCGCGAAAGCUUCUGCCCGACCAGUUACUCACCGUCCAGGCAACUGAUCUUGACGAGGGGAUUAAUGCCGUCAUUCGCUAUUCGUUAGCAACGAACGAUCACUUCGAUAUCGAUCCUCACACGGGUGUCAUUUUCCCUCUUAAAUCGGCGUUCGCCAGUGAGGAAAGUGUCACGAUCAAGAUAUUUGCUACCGAUCGCGAUGGAGCUGAGGAUGGCAAUACUUCGACAAUGAAGCUCCGGGUCCACAAGGUAGGAGAUGAUCAGCUGGUAGCACUGACAGUGCGGGAUACAGAUCCGGAUGCAUUCGAAAGAACGCUGAAGGAGAUUAGCGUCAAGGAGGGCAUUCAAAUGGAAACGAUCAGGAGCGUGUUUUCUGUUGAUGGAGAUACGAAAAAUCGAAACAGCCGUUCAACCGCUUCGCGAUACACAACAUCCGCCAUCGUAUAUGCCUUUAAGGAGGAUCAACUUCUAAAUCACGAUGAUCUGAAAGGAGUGUUUGAAGCUUCAGAAGCAAAUAUCACGGCUGAGGUAUCGAGGAUAAAUGAACUCUAUGGUGGGCCAACAACGAUCGUCAAUGCCGACACCACUGUGAUCUAUCCGUACAUCAUAAUAGCUGCAUUUUUCGGCACUCUUGCUGUCGCAAUGGCUGCGGCAGCGUUUUACUAUCGAUCCAAAACACGUCAACAAGCAGGCCUGGUGGACGAUUCACCGUUUUCGCGAUCAUCAGACGGGUCUGAUGCAGUCAUCGUGGAAAACGGACAAAACAUUUCUUCGAGCACACCGCCGAUGGAAACUCACAAAAUAUCCGAAGUGAUGUUAACCGGAUCGGUGGACAAUCCACGUUCGCUUAGCGAGCUGUUGGCUGCGGCUAAAGAUAAGGAGCAUGGGGAUGAUAAUGCGGAACCGACGCCACCCACUCAACAGGAACGCAAAAAAAGUAUAAAGUUCAAUGAAAGUGUUGAACGGAUUGAGGUAUUCGAUGUUUAGCAUGUAAUUUAUAUGAUAAUGGGGCUGAUUAUAACGUCCAUGUUAAAAUGUACAUAACUAUUCUCUAAUAAAUUGAAAACUCUUUUAAAUAAAAA